AUGUCAAAGAAGCAAACAAAUGGUGGAUCCAAUUUUUUUUCUGCGUCCAAAGUAUCUCCAUUGACUGAAAGUCAACAACGAGCACCAUGUCGACUGGAUUGGGCUGAAUCAUAUUGGACAAGAUGGAUAUAUAUACCAUUAUUUUUGUGGGUGGCACCCAUUCUCUCAUUGGCUAAUAAACGUAAUCUUAUUGAAAAAGAUCUUAAUGAUCUUUCUAUCCACGAUAAAUGUUCAGUCGUAUUGAAUAGAGUAAAUCAGUAUAAUUCUAAAUGGCCAGGUACAUGGCAUGUGUUCAGGGGCGUAUUUUAUAAAGACUUUCUAACGAGUAUAUGGCUCGUUUUUCCAUUCACAAUAGCUCGUAUAUCACAGCCAUUGUUUAUUCGUGAACUGACUCUUUACAUUAAAGAUCAAUCAGGAUUACCUGCUUAUUCUGGUUAUCUAUAUGCUAUUGGUCUUUGUAUUGCUGUAGUUCUACAAGCAACCUGUCAACAACAGAUUAUCUUCCGAAAUACACGCGCAGGAAUGCGAGUUCGCAAUGCAUUAUCAACUAUUAUUUAUCAGCACUUGUUAACUAUUAAUACUGCAGCUCUUCACAAGACUACUGCUGCUCAGACGAUUAAUUUAGUAUCAAAUGAUGCCAAUAAAUUUGCAGAAUUAAGCAUUUUUGUUCAUGCUUUAGUGAUGGUACCUCUGGAAGUUUUUGUAAUAUUUGGUCUCUUGUGGUGGAACAUCGGCCUACCGACUUUAUUCGGUUAUGCAGUGCUGAUUUCAGUAAUACCAAUACAGUUCAUUUUCAGUAGACAAUUUAGUAAAUACAGAAAAGCUACAAUGGCAUGUACGGAUAAGCGUGUGCAAACAGUCAAUGAACUUGUUAACGGAUGUCAAAUUAUUAAAAUGUACAAUUGGGAAAAAGCUAUGGAGCGACGAGUACGUGAAACACGUCGACUUGAGCUUUCAAACAUUCGUAAAGCGAGCAGUUUGAGAGCUCUUAACGUUGCUAUAUCCUUCGUAACAAUACCUUUGGUUUGUCUUGCUACAUUCGGAGGUAGUUGGCUCAUGGGACACACUUUAUUGCCAGAGAAUAUUUUCUCAACAUUAGCAUUCUUCACUACGGUCCGACUUCCAUUAACAAUCACGAUGCCAUACUUCAUUGAAAAAUUCAGUGAAGCUCGCAUAUCCGCAAGACGAAUCGAUCAAUUUAUGCAACUCGAUAUGUUGUUGAACAAACGUGAGAAAGUGAAAAACGAAAAUGAAGAUCAUGCAAUCAUAAUGGAAGAUGCAUCAUUUUCUUGGAAAGAUAGUCCAUCUUUAGUUUCACUCAGUCUCAAAAUCAAGAAGGGUAAUUUGGUUGGAGUAAAAGGUGCCAUUGGUUCUGGCAAGUCAACUUUACUAGCUGCUAUUCUCGGUGAAAUCAAUCUUGUCAGUGGAAAGCUACAACUGCAAACUAAUUCGAUUUCUUAUGCUCCACAAUCGGCAUGGAUAUUUGCUGAUACUAUUCGAGGCAAUAUUCUUCUUGGCAAACCAAUGGAUGAAGAACGUUAUAAGAACGUAAUAAAGGCAUGUUGUCUUGAUAUUGAUAUACAAAAUUUUGGUGAGGUCGGUGAUUUAUUGAUGAUUGGUGACAAAGGUGUUAAUUUGAGUGGAGGACAAAAGGCUCGAAUAUCGCUUGCUCGUGCACUUUACGCUGAUGCUGACUUAUAUUUACUUGAUGAUCCGCUUGCUGCUGUUGAUCCCAAGGUAGCAAAAAGCAUUUUUGAUCAAUCUAUCGGCCCACAAAGUUUCCUUCAUGGAAAGACUCGAAUAUUGGUGACGCAUCAGACACAUUUUUUAGUUGAAUCUGAUCAAAUGUUUCUUAUGACCAACGGUCAUAUAGAUGAAUUACAUAUUGAACAACAACCUGCAAUUGACCCAUCAAAUGAAACAUCGGAAACAGAUUCAUUUAUUGACAAGGAAACAGAUUCAUCUAAUGACAAGGAAACAGAUUUUGUACUGAACACUAGUAUAACAGAUAUUAACUCGAUUGUAAAAAGUGAGACAUCAAUUGAAGGUUCCAUCAAUUGGAAUGUUUGGUUAAAACUAUUUACUUCACCACCAUUACGUUGGUUUGGCUUUUUACUUAUGAUUAUUUUAAUGUUCGGUAAUGAAGCUUUGUAUGACUAUGCAAAUACGUGGCUCGCUGUGUGGUCUAGCAAAGAUGAAAGCGAACAACGAUCGAGAUAA